AUGUCAUCUUCAUUCCCAAGCCUAAUUGACCAAGAAGCCAGCAGACUUGUCAAAAAGUACAAUCUUGACCCUUCAAACGAUAUCAAAAAUAUUGACGAAACCAUAAAAAAAAGCCAACAAAUAAUCCAGCAAAGCAAAAAUCUGACUUUAAAGAACCAGCAAAGAAAAAUGUUUUUGGAAGAAAAAUUCAAAAAUUUAUUAGGCGGCGCAGGAGAAAUGGCACAUGAGACUUCAUCUCCCAUUCUUUACAGAUAUUCAACAAACGAAGAAACUGAAGAUAAAGAAUCAUCCAAUCAGUAUGCCAUUCAAAGGGCUUGGGAAUAUUCUCAAGAACCAGAAAUUCCUACAAAGUUUAGCACAAUGCCUGCUAAGCAAGCAUUUUCAAGCGAAUGGACAAGUAAGGAGCUCGAAGAAGAAAACCGACUUCUUAAGCUUGAACUGAGUUCAAAAAAUUCAGAAAUUUUAUCACUGAAAGAAGUAAUAAAUAGCCUGCAAAAAGAUAAUGCACGACUAUUUGAAGAAGCACAAACAAUCAGUCAUCGUUCAGAAAUUUUAUCCAAAAAAUACGAAGAGCUUUAUAAGAAGCAAGCUGAAAUUAAUUCAAAAAGAAAUAAUUCUCGAUCUAGCUCAAGAAAGCGGCAAAAAAGUGAGGAGUCUUCCUUAGAAUAUAAAACAGAGAGAAAAAGAACUGAUGAAAAAAAUUAUUCAGAAAAAAUCAGUGAACUUGAACAAAGACUUUUAAAAAGUUCUCAAAGAUACGAAGACUUAAAAGACAGACUCGAAAAAGCAGAAUCACUAAUUUUGAGAAGCAAUUUAACACCCAUGAUUUCUAGAAGUUCUGAAGACAUCUCGACAUCAAAUAUUUUAAAAAAUAGAAUUCCUUCGCCAGAGCUGAAGAAAGGCAAAAAGAAAAAGCUGAAGUCUGAGACUGUAAAACUAUCGAAACCACAUAUAUCAAUACAAAUUAAAAAGCAUAAAAAAUAA